AUGUUUGCAGGCUGUAGCCUAGGGCGUUCGAGAAUUUGGCAGCACGCGACGCCAGCGCACACAGCGAGCACACAGCGUUGUAGCCAGGUUGCGCCAACGCACUUUGCUCACAAACCGUGGAAGACUUGGCACUGCUCCCGAGCGUGCAACAUUAUCGGGCCAAAGUCCAAACUUCUUGACUUGUUGUCGUGCGUGCACGGGCUCGGAGAUUCGCCAGCUCGCGGGCACGGGAGUCGUCCCCAGCAACUCGCUCCGGACCAUGCACUCGAAGACGAGAAGCGUCCAAUUGCUGCUGAAAUGACUGUCAAUUGGAUUGUAUGGUUUCGCAGAGACCUUCGGGUUCAUGAUCACCCCGGGUUGCAGUACCUGCGAACGCAUAUCGCCUCCCAGAAAACUGCACCGGCACGCCGCUCAGACGACAGACAUGGCAUGGAAAACUCGUUGCGAAUUGCGUUCGUUUACAUCAUGGACAAACGCGAACUCGAGACGUACACGCCAGAGGAGCAAAAAUAUCUCCGCGAAUCCGUUGCAGCGCUGCGUGAGACGAUCCGCUCAGCGACGCAAGGCCAGGCCGAUCUGCUGCUCCUGAACGGUCCGGCGCCUCGGGAGCUCGCCGUGCUCUGCGGUCGCUUUGCGAAUGCACAAGUACUCGUCGAAGACGACUGGUGCAUAUCGAGUCAGCGAUGCUUCCGAGAAUGCGAACGCUUGGGUAUUAGAUUUCGUUUCUGGAGUCUAGGCGCCCCGCAUCGUACCACUCGUGAAAACACAAGAGGCUCGCGAUCGCCAUCAACAUCUACGUUUCUCGGGCGAGAUACGUUCAGCAUUUUGCAGCGCGAGCAUUGGCGCCCCAUGAUGCACAGGCCCACUGAAAAUGAUCUGUUAGCGCUUUGGGACUGCGCGAGGGAGAACGCACCGGAGACGAGAUUCGUCGCAAGUUACGAGCUCGAUGCCCCGAGCGAUCACCUGUGGGAAACCAGUCCCAGCUGGUUUCCGCUUGAAUAUGCUGACUAUCCUUUUCUGCAACGCAUCGAAGAGGAUAAGCGAAUGUGUGUUGCGACGUCGCUGGACGCUGGCGGUGAAACUGCUGCAAUCGAUUUCCUGCGGCGUUACCUACGAGGCCCUGACGCGCAUCAGGAGAGCGAUUUUCUUCGCAGUUUUGCGUAUGCCCUGCAUUUUGGCUGCGUUUCUCCACGAAAAGUGCUGGCGGAAAUUGAUGCAGCGCGGCGGUAUCGGCGCCGGAUGCUGGCGCUCUGGACGGACUCACCGCGACACCGGGAGGCGCGCGCUCUUAUCCGUAGUCUCAGCUGGCACCUGUUUCUGUCGCAGUACGACAAGGCGAGCCAGCGGCCCUGGCACUAUUGGCGAUGGAACGGCUUACCGGUGCGUUUCUCACAGAGCGGAUCGAGCACGCGGGAUGCUCCCGCAGUCCUGUUUAUUCAUGGUUUUGGAGCGUCCAUAGAGCACUGGGAGCGAAAUGUAUCUUUUCUCGCAGAUCAAGGGUACCAGGUGUUCUGUUUGGACCUUCUUGGUUUUGGACGAAGCACCAAACCGAUUACGCGCUACACACAGGAGCUCUGGGAGCGGCAGGUCCGGGAUUUUGUGCUGCAGAUUGUGCGUCGACCUGUGUUCAUUGUCGGCAACUCGAUCGGAGCGUACGUGAGUCUCAGUUUUGCCGCAGAUCACCGGAUGGAAUUGGUACAGGCUUCGGCCUCGCCUCGUCCAACGACGCUCUGCAAAGGCAUCGUCCUGAUCAACCCGGCGGGGCCACUCGAGCCGGUUAAAAACGCCGACCGUGCAUCCAACGAUUCCAGGUUACGGCGGUUGCUGGCCCAACCACUAGCCUCCCGCAUUGUUGGUGAGGUUCUACUCCGAUACUUGCAGUUUGGUAUCCGGAGCACGCUGCUGAAAGUGUACCCUGUGCGACCGGAUGCUGCCCUGCACAUGGAGUCGAUCAUAUAUCGCCACAGUCUGGAUCCAGGUGCUUCCAGUGUGAUCGCGUCGGGCUUCCGCCUGCCCCCGUCGCGUCCGAUACCGGAGCUCCUGCGUGCCCUUGAUUCAGUGCCGGUGCUGUUGAUCCAGGGCAUCCUGGAUCCGCUGAAUGACGCCCGUAAGCGGGCAGAGCAGAUUGCGGCGAUUCAUCCGGAAGUGCAGGUUGUGCAGCUCCGUGCUGGCCAUUGUCCACACGAUGAAGUCCCGGAGCAAGUGAAUGAAAUUCUCGUAAAUUGGCUCCAGUCCUGCGAACAGCGCGGCGAGGCACCGGACAGCAAGUCAGCGGAGCCGCCGAUGUCAUUCGCUUGA